UGACCGACUCGUUGUCCCGUUCUAGAAGACGUCUGCCGGCAGAAGAGUCUCGCUAACGGUUGUUUUCCGACUUCUUAACGUAUAUCCUACCGCGAUCCAAGACCGUUUUCUUUGCAUUUGUGUCCCGACUAGCCUGUCGACGUUGCAUCCCGUCCGCAGCCAUAUAAAGCCGUGUAUCAAAUCGGUAUAUCGGUGAAAAAAGGGCCGCAAAAGACGCCGGAUAACCGUAUCUUUUUUUUGGAGGGAACACGGGACUGCAGGGCGCAUAUUUUUCGGAAAAUAUCCCUUACGAUGGCUGACGUAGCAGAAAACGCACUCUUCACUGAUCCCGUAACAGCAAUAUCUCAGGGUAAACGUCACCUCCUAGUUCGCGAUUAUGGAAUGGCAGUUACAGCCCUUGCCCAGGCAUGCGAACUACUGGCACAGAAGUAUGGAGAAACUGCCGACGAACUCGCGGAACCAUACCUUCUCUAUGGAAGAGCUCUUCUGGCUUUAGCCAGAGAAGAAACCGAGGUGUUAGGUGGUGCAGUUCCUGGUUCCGAUGAAGUGGAAGCUGAGGACGAAGUCGAUGAAGAUGACAAUAACGUAAACGAGGAAAAAGAAGAUGAUAAUGAGACUGAUGAUGAGGAAAACGGAGUCAAGAAAUCUAAUGGCGCUGCUACACAUGCGGAAAAGGUGACCUUGACCAACAAUGAAGCAAACACGAAAACAGAUACAACGCCAAAGGCUAAGGGCGAUAGCUUAACAGAAGCAAAAGUAGAAACGCAAACGAAAACAACUAGCGAAGCGACCAAAAAUUCUGUCGCUCCGAGUAAAGAAGAGUCUACUACCCGCGUCGAUAAAGAUAAAACUGCUGAUAAAGAUGAGACUAAAGUGCCUUCGACUUCGGAGGAUUCAAAAAAAGAUGUGGAACAUAAUGAAAAAGCUAAGGUAGCAGACAAAAAACCUGAUAGCACAGAGUCGAAAGAAAAAAUCGUAUCUUCUGAAACUCCAUCAGCUUCAACUUCCAGUGACAAAGAAGUUUCAAAGGUAACUCAAAACGGCGAAGCAUCUAUAAACGAAGAUGAGGAAGGUGAAGAUGUUUCAAAAGAUGAAGAUGACGAUGAUAUUAACAACCUGCAGCUCGCGUGGGAGGUGCUGGAGUCGGGAAAAUUGAUUCUACUAAAACGUGGACCACCUGGCUGGAAACAUUUGGCUGAAGCACACAGAUUACUUGGAGAAGUAGCGAUGGAAAGUGGUAAUCAGCAGGGAGCAUUGACCGACUUACAAGCCUGCUUAGACCUCUUAGCAAAGAUUGAACCCUGUGAUCCAAGGGCCAUCGCCGAAACAUAUUACCAGCUUGGAUUGGCUUACUCGUUAGCAAACGAAUUUGACUCUAGUAUUGAACAAUUCAACGAAGCUACUUCGCUCCUGCAAGCGCAUAUUCAACAGCUCGAAGAAAGUAAGGAUUCCCACAAGAAAGAUGAUCCGUUCUACACUGUCGAAGGUGAAAUAAAGGAAUUGAAGGAACUGCUACCUGAAAUUCAAGAAAAGAUCGCAGAUAUGAAAGACUUCAAGGAAGAAGCGUGCAAGGCCAUGGUCGAAGGUAUAAAGAGUAAAGUAGCCGCUGACUGUCUCAAUGGCGCCGGUCCGAGUGGAGACGGUGCCAGUUCUAGCGCCGAAUCAACCUCCACAAAUCAAGCAAAGCCUGCCAGUGAUAUCUCGCACCUUGUCCGGAAGAAACGCAAGGCGGAUGAAUCUGAUAAAUUGGAAAUUGAAACACCAUCCAAGAAACCGACUUCUUGAAGAAAUAUUUUAAUCUCAAAUGAAAUAUGUUUCCCAUGUCAUUUUAAAAUACCUGCUGACGAUAUUAUUGCGAUACAUUUUACCGUUCUUAUCAUUUUCUACUAUAAUGUCAAUGUGUGAUUUUUAAUUAUGAAAGAAACAGUGAAAAAAAAGCCGGAAAAAAAACGUUAGAAGAACAGACUUUGGUGUAACAUUACCACAUAAUAUUAUGCACUCAGCCAAUUUUAGUUUGGAUCAAAAUUUAAGUAUUAAGUUUAUAAUAUGUGCACUUGAAAUGGAACAAGUACACGCGCUCUAGGCUUUGGUGAAAUGAACUGUUGAGUCACUAUCACCACUUGUGAGUCUACUAGGUUUUGCACAUUUUUAGCACUUGUUAAGAGCAUAACGAGAUAUGCCUAGUUCCAAUAUUUGGUUAGUAUUUUAAGGGAUACUGUUGAUUUUUCAUUUUUUCUUUCCAUUGCAUUCUUCUUGAUUUACGAUGUUCGAUUUUUAAUAACUUAACGAGACACAUUGAUUGCGUUCUUUCAUUUAAUUUUUUAUUCUUGUUCAUUAGUCAAUGUGUUUUAUAUUUCCUAUUUAUUGUUCAAUCACCUAAAGUAUAAUAUUACCCGAAACUAGUUACAUUUUAAGCUUAUUCUGGCUGUUCAUCAAGACUUUGUAUAUUAUGUGAGGAAACAAAAAAAAAAAAUGAAAACAAAUAAGACUGUAAUUAUUAAGUUAGGUCUUGGUAAAUAAAAA